UCCUGUUGCAAUUAUACGGGCAUUCAAAAAGGUUACUUCAAUCAUCUGGAGUCAGACGUCAUUGUCUUAGCCUGAGCUCCUGGACUUGUCGAGCUGACUCUGCUGACGGCCCAGCAAAAUGAAUGCCACCUCGCCAAAGUCGUCGCUGGUCAAACUGGGUCUGCAUACCAACAAACAGAAGACGCUGAAGGUUAUGGUGCUCGGCCAGAGUGGGGUCGGUAAGACGGCGAUGGUCGUGCGCUUUAUAACGCGUCGCUUCAUUGGCGAAUACGAUCCCAAUUUGGAGAAAAUCUAUACGUGCCAGACAACGCUGGACAAGGAGUCGGUACAGUUUGACAUACUGGAUGCCACCGGGCAGCUGCAUGAACUGGACGGCGUCACCCUGGAGUCGAAUAUACGCUGGGCCGAUGCAUUCAUUCUGGUCUACUCCAUCACAGACAAGUGCUCCUUCGACGAGUGCAGCCGCCUCAAGUUUCUCAUCAACUACAACAAGCGACGACGCAAACUGGGCUCCGCCAGCAAGGAAUACGCCUUGGACAUCCCCGUCAUACUAGUGGGCAACAAGACAGAUCAGACUGGCGAUCGAAUGGUCAGUCUGGAGGAGGGACAGCGUCGCUUCCGUGAGCUCUCCUGCGCCUGUUUCCAUGAGAUUUCUGUGAGAGAAAGCGUCGAUCAGGUGCAAAACGUAUUCCGUGAUGUGUUCCGCUUCUGGCGUGUGUUUAGUAAAUUUCCAAAGCUCAAACGUUCCACCAGCGAUGUGGCGCAUGAGGCCGAUGGCAACCUGACGCCCGAUGCCGGCUCCUGCUCCUUCUACGAUGCGACGCCGCUGGGCGUGGCCCGGCGCUCGUUCCUGGUCAUUGGCAGCGCCUGCCAAGAGGAGAACAGCGCCGAUCACACCGAAUCCACCGACGAUAUAGCCAGCAGCAGCCUGGACAGCUCACACAGCAAUAUCGAUGCGCCGUUCCGGAAUCGCGCCUCUACCGAUGGCACCCUGCUGUCCCGGCCCCGACGCUGGCGCUACCCGCCGCCCGGCUGCCUAAUGCCGCACACAAAUCGCGUCGAGCGCCGCAUGAGCAUCUCGACGAGAGGCAGCAAUGCCAGCUACUGAAACUCACUUAGAUAGUCCAAAUGUUGCGCCAAAUAUAUCUCUAGCCAAAUGUUGAAUAUAA